AAGGCAAAGACUUAAAGAACUUUGGACGUAAAGUUAUUAAUUUGCUAAUCGUCAUGAAGCGGGUUUCCACCCCGCCACUGGAUUGCGCAAAAGUGCACCAUCUCUCUCGUUCGUCUGAAGGAGUGUUUCUGCUGUAGGUGGUGGCAUUCAAUUCACUUUGCUGUCAGCAGAUGCUGGGUUCAUUUCUCAGUGCAAACAUGGAGCUGGAUAAAACCACCGGAGGCGCGGGAUCAGCGCACGUUGAGCUUCACGCACUGAGAAACCACUGAGCAGAGCAUCCGUGAACACUGUCAGCCUAUACACACACGUGUUGUAGAAACUCAAAAUGUGGAUUAUACUAGUGUGGAUAUCUGUCCAAGUUUUGCUGGGUACUUCAGUCGAAGCACAGCAUGUGGACCCUGAAGUGGGCUUAACAGCUCAGGAACAAGUUCUCCUGCUGUACGACAUCAAACUACAGUGCCUUCAAAACAUCUCUGAACACAACCCUGCUGAUGAGGUCUGUUCUCCUGGAUGGGACGGGUUGGUUUGCUGGCCUCAAGGUUCUCCAGGAACCGUCACCAAAGUGCCGUGUCCCAGUUAUGUAUACGACUUCAACCACAAUGGAUUUGCAUACCGCCAGUGCAGCUCAAAUGGAUCGUGGGUAUCGGUGGAGAACAGAACUUGGGUCAAUUAUUCAGACUGUCUGCGCUUCCUCGCUCCAGGCAUCGAAAAGGGCAAAAGGGACUUUUUCGAGCGGCUGCACAUCAUGUACACUGUUGGCUACGCAGUGUCCUUCAGCUCGCUACUAGUCGCCAUUUUCAUCAUCGGAUACUUUCGGCGUCUCCACUGCACCAGAAACUACAUCCACAUGCAUCUAUUUGUGUCGUUCAUGCUGCGCGCCAUCAGCAUCUUCGUGAAGGACAGAGUGGUGUACGCUAAUGGUGUCCUGCAGGAGUACGACACCAUGCUAAUGGACAACAUCAGCACCGUCUCCAUUUCCCCUCUUGACAAGACUCAGUAUUUUGGCUGCAAGAUCACAGUCCUGUUCUUCAUUUAUUUCCUGGCGACGAACUACUACUGGAUUCUUGUGGAGGGCCUGUACCUUCACAGCCUCAUCUUCAUGGCGUUCUUCUCCGACUCCAAAUAUCUUUGGGGUUUCACCCUCAUAGGAUGGGGUGUGCCAGCUCUCUUCGUGUCGACCUGGGCUGUCGUCAGGGCAACGCUGGCGGAUGCAAGGUGUUGGGAGUUGAGCGCGGGCAACAUUAAAUGGAUUUACCAAGUUCCUAUACUGACUGCAAUUGGGUUGAAUUUCAUUCUGUUUGUAAAUAUUGUACGAGUCCUGGCGACGAAGAUCCGAGAAACCAACGCAGGCCGAUACGACACACGUAAACAAUACAGGAAGCUGGCGAAGUCCACCUUGGUUCUGGUUCUUGUUUUCGGCGUCCACUACAUUGUGUUUGUAGGAAUGCCGCACACGUUCACAGGUCUCGGCUGGGAGCUGCGCAUGUACUGUGAACUUUUCUUCAACUCGUUCCAGGGAUUUUUUGUGUCUAUUAUCUACUGCUUCUGCAACGGAGAGGUCCAGGCUGAAAUCCGCAAGACCUGGCUCCGCUGGACGCUAGCGUUUGACUGGAAAGGCCCAGUGGUUUUGGCUAACUACCGCUACGGGUCAGUACUAAACAACAGUGGCGCUAGCAAUCAAUCCCAGCUCACGUCUGUGACCCGAAGCUCUGCCCUCCUCACCAGCAGGAUAUACCGUUGCACUAGUCGACCUAGUGUUGGAUCGCUAACACACACCUCACACAUACACACGUCGCUACCAGGGUACGUUUUCAGCAACUCAGACAUUGAAAGCCUCCCGCCUUCAAUUCCGGAGGAAUUAGAAGAGGAGGCCAAGCAUAUUGAUGACAUCACGCUGAAAGAAAAUGCGAAAAUUGCUAGCGCCGUCACUGUGCGACAGGAAGCUCUUGGCAUCUGUUUUGAGGAGAGUACGCAAAACUCGACAUGCAUGGAUUCCGAUGAUGUCUCAAAGAGGCAUGAUGAUGUCACCCCUGUGGAAAUCGCCAAAUUUGCUGAUGACAUCAUGCUGAAGGAUUCUUUAUCGGUGAGGUACAACAAUUUGGAUCGGGAGAACGAGGAAGUACUUUAAAAAAACCUGACCAUUUUAAUGCAAACUAACACUGUCAAACCAAAAUUAAUUGGAUACGUUCAUGAUUGAAACUGGAUAUUUGGAGCGAAAACAUUGUAUUUACAAUUGAAAACGGAUACAGUCAAUUUAGGUUAAUUCUGAAAACGUAGUUCCGCGAAAUACGUCCGAGGAGGUAGGUUUUUUUCCAGUUUUUGAUUUCGCAAAUCCGGCUGCUGUGUGCGC